UGAGUUGGUCAUAAUGGCAGGUGAAGAAAUAAAUGAAGAUUAUCCAGUAGAAAUUCAUGAGUAUUUAUCAACAUUCGAGAAUUCCAUUGGUGCUGUGGAUGAGAUGCUCAAAACCAUGAUGUCUGUUUCUAGAAAUGAGUUGUUGCAGAAGUUGGACCCACUUGAACAAGCAAAAGUGGAUUUAGUUUCUGCGUACACAUUAAAUUCAAUGUUUUGGGUUUAUUUGGCAACUCAAGGAGUUAAUCCUAAGGAACAUCCAGUAAAGCAGGAAUUGGAAAGAAUCAGAGUGUACAUGAACAGAGUCAAAGAAAUAACAGACAAGAAAAAGGCUGGCAAGCUAGACAGAGGUGCAGCUUCAAGAUUUGUAAAAAAUGCCCUUUGGGAACCAAAACCUAAAAAUGCAUCAAAAGUUGCCAGUAAAGGGAAAAGUAAAAAUUAAUUUUUGAUUUUGAAGUACGUAUAUUCAAAAAGUACUUUUUGUUGUUUUCCACAAAAUAGAGGAUAA